CUAAUGGCUGGAUCUAUAUCUUAACAAAAGCGUUUGAGACAUAGUUAAACGCUGUGCAAAUUAAGUUUCAAUAUUAGACACAUACUAAGGAUUUGUUUGAUUUAACCAAAUAAUAAUUCAAUGAUCUAGGACACAUUAGUAUUAUCGAUUAGGAAUGGAAUACAAUGUUUAGAAUCCGUUUUUAACUCACAAUGCCUUAAACGCUGUGAACUAUUUAAAAUACUCAGUGUUUGAAGCGUUACACGCGAGUAAAUGUGAAUCGUACAGAGAUUGAAGCAUGUUUUUACACGCGAGUUAAUAUGAGUUGUACCGAGGUUAAUAAUCCAGCUAAACUCAAGGGUUUCGUAAACAAAUAGGUCAAAUGAAAACGAUUAUUCUAUCAGGUUCAAAUUUAUGAAUAACACGGAGUUUAAGUUUUUGGUUUGAACGGAAGAUAUUUCAAUAAAACUGACAAACCCGCAUAAAUGAAACAGGAAAAUAUCAUAAACGUUUGCAGCGAUUUUUGAAGGAUGAGUGGAACACACUUUGUCACUUAAUAUUUUGAGAUAUUGAAGGUUGUCUAAAGACAAAUGGGUUCAAAGACAAGAUUAACGUUGGUCACACAAAAUUCGAGUUUUGAGGAUCCCUUAACAGUUCAUCCGUGGGACAAACUUAAGGACUCAUUGAUUGGAGAGCUUACGGGCGAUGACAUUAAUAGGUUGCUUACACUGUCAGAAUCGAAACUUGGGGCCCAUUAUGAAAAACUUUUGAACGAGGAGAGCACCAGUAAGUGUAACAAGUUCUUCCAUUGUCUGGAGGAUAGCCUGGGAGAAGAUGGCACAGUUAGAUACCUUCAAAACCUGAUGGGUGACCUGAACUUCCAUGGGGACAGUGGCAAUGUUAACUACCAGGAAUUAUUUCUUUUAUAUGAAGAAGAGAAAAGAGAUUACAUCUCGAAAUGUUCCCAGCUUGGUUUGGAAAUAGAUCCUACAUUUGUAGGGCGACAGAAUUUCAUAGAACAACUUCUUCAGAUUUUACACCGCGAAGAUCAGUACAAAGGACUCGUGUUAUGCGGAUUACCUGGUAUGGGGAAAACCAGUCUGGCCAGCCAGAUUUGUUACAGACUGAUGCACAACCACCACUGUAACUGGCACAUCACAGUUUGUCUCCAAAGAGAAAAAGACAAUUUUGGACAACUAAUGAACGACCUUUUAGAUGGUUUAAGCAAAGAGUUGUCUUUCGAGUCAGAGAUUCAUUUUGAAGAACUUACCGAUCGUGAUAAAAGAAGCAUACUGAUUAACAUGAUUGUGGAAAUGAGCCGAAAGACCUCGAAACACUUGAUUCUGCUUGACGACAUGGAUGACCAAUUCAACAGGAAUCCGUUCGAACUGCAUGAACUGUUAUCGUCGAUUUUCUACGAAAUAUCUAACUCCAAAAAUGUAAAGUUUCUGAUUACUGUAGGCAGCACGAUCUGUCCUGUGGGAGAAUUGUUGAAAUUUGGUGGCAAAGCAUUGUUAAAUAACACCAUGCUUGAAUUUGAAAUACCAGGUCUGGAUCUUGCUGACGCAACAAAACUUCUCUCUGCCAUAUCACAUAAGGAACUAGAUGGUUCUUUUUGCGAGACAAUUUCUAAGGAGUUCAAUGGCAACCCGAUGGCGUUAAAGGUCGCGGGGGUUGCUCUGAGGGAUUUUACCGAUUGUUCAAUGUACGCUUACCAAUCGAUCCUUACACAGACCGUGAAUUCCGUCUCUGGCCUCCUGCAAAAAUGUUUUGACAUGCUUCAGCCUGAGAAAAUAAAAUUUUCAUUACUCAGGUUGUCAGUUUUCCGGACAAACUGGUUCGAUGUUCAAGCAGCCGUCCAUGUAACAGAGGGCACUGCUAGACCACUGCAGGCUCAAUUUGACACGAAACAUAAGACAAAAGCGAUAGAAAAUGAAUGUACUACAAAACUGAAAUGUCUAAAAAAUAAACAUCUCAUAGAAGCUGACAAACUGCAAUCAUUCACAGGAAAGCGGAAUAUCAAAGAAAACCAACUGUAUUCGCUUCAUUCAAUUGUCCUCCGAUUUCUUUACGACACAUGCGAGAAGACAGAAGCUAUGCAAAAAGAACUUGAAAUUGCGAAAGAAAAUUUCAUUUGGUAUUUUUGUAAGAAAAUUGAACAUUAUGGAAAGGAAAAUUACUCAUCGCCAGUGGCUGCAAAAAAUGCACUUGAAAUGAACAAACCUCACGUAGAAUUGUUUUUCAAACUGGUAGGAGAGAGGGGUACACGUUUGGAAGACUACUUGUCCACAAAGAAAACAAAGGCAUCAACAUCUUCAAGAUGCGAAUAUGUCAUGAGCAUAGCAGAGUUUGCAUGUGUUCCUCAAAAACGAAUGUACUUUGCGAAAAAACAAUCACAGAUCGUCAAGGACAAUAAACAACUGUUCCAAUACAUUUACUGGAAGUCGAAAGAAGCUGAAUGCUUGUUAGCUUGUGACAGAACGGAGUUGGCAUUUAAAGAAAUGUCCGGUGUAUUUAAUGACUUUCGAGUAAGAGUAGACAUUGAACCGUCAGGAAAGGUAUGCCCUUCGUUUACAGCAGAAGGUUGGCACAUACAUCAUACAGACGAAGUAUUCUCUCUUACUAGACUGUAUGAAGUCUUCGGACAGGCGCUAUUUCAUAUCGGCCGAAAGGAAAAGAAUAAGCCAAAACUCAACAUUGCUCUGAAGAACCUUGAAAUUGCACAGGCAAUUUGUGACAACAUUCAGCAUCUGGACAAAAUAAAAAAGCAUGACAGAGCUAAAAUUCAAAAUGUAAUCGGCUGCGUACAUUUUGAACUAGGGGAUGUAAAUAAAGCACUUACCUUUCAUGGAUAUGCAUUAAGAAUUGUAGCACAGGAUGCACAGUUUACAAAAGAUCGAUGCCAUACUGCCAUUGUGGAGUACCAAGCUAAUAUCGCAGCUUGUGAACAUCAACUUGGGUUGAAUACGAAGAAUGAAAAUAACCGAAAAACACGUUUUGGAAAAGCUAUGGAGAUGUACAACAAAUGCAUUGAUAUCAACAAACGUAUGGGACGGGAUAAUUUGCCACCACAAGUCGUUUUGCUUCGAAACAGAGCUGAAAUCUUCUAUAUUGAGAAGGAGUACGAAAAAGCAAUAGCUGACGGUGAAAAGGUGAAAAAACGUUGCCUUAGCCUUUACGUGCCACCCCAUACCGAGUUGACAAUGGCUUUUGAACGUCUGGCAAACUACAAAUUCAAACUUGGAAAACGGCUUAUAGAAGUUGAAGGCGAACAAGAAAAGGGCAAGGAAUAUCUUUACGAGUCCCUUGAAAUGUACAACGCAGUGCUUAGUGAGAUUUGCAAAGGAGGCAUGCCAUCGAUAGAGCAAUCAGAUGAUGAAAGCAUAUUCCGUGAAUUGGCUGAGCUUAUCACACAUGGAUUACCACCGGUACGUUCUGGCCUAGCCAACAGUGAGUACAAGGAAGCCAUGAAUGCAAUAAAAGCGGGGAAUGAUACGCGUAUUAACGAUCACAACGAGACUGUCUUUCGUGACAUUGCACAGUGGUUGAGAGAUCGACGUUUAGAUCAGCCAUCAAAUAAAACCUACAGGCAUACGAAAGCAAACCACAUUAAAGUGAUGAAGAAGUUACGUCAGAAAGAUAGCGAAAUCAGAAAAACGAAACAGAAGUAUGAGACGUUUGAACUUGGAAAAUUUAACAAGCUGAUAUCUGAAAACCGGCGGUAUGUACCGGACUAUGACGCUCAAGAAAAGGUACGGCAAGCACUUCGGGCUGGGGCCUCAUUUAUACCAGACGCUGAUCAAGACCUGGACAGUUCUACCAGUGAGUCAGAGGAUGAUUCGGAAUCAGACUCCAAUGACACUUCAAGAACUAGUUCAACUUCAGACGGAAGUGACGAGGUUGACAUUCAAUCGGAAAUGAGAUUCUCACGACAAAGAAAGGAUAGCGGUAUGGAAGAAGACAUGUUCAUUGAUGAUGAGAAAAAUGAAAAACAGUCAGGGCAACAGGAAGAAAGUAUGAUGGUCGAGGCAUUAAUUCAUGACACAAAACAAAAAAAGCCCCAAAACGUGCUUGGUGACUCCGAGAUCUUCAAAUCAGACACUUGUUCGUCAACGUUUGAAGAAACAAAAGAACUGGUGAGACAAUUUGGCAUUGAUGAAGAAGUUCGAGAGACAUUUCAUACAGGUAUGGUUAAAAAAGAGGACGGCAAUGUAUUGAGAACGAGACGCAACUCGCAAUCAAAUCAAAGCAGGUCGUCGCAGUCGUCAGAUACAUCUUCAGGGUGUUUUUCAUUAAAGAGAAAGAGUUCUUCAACUGAGAGCCGUCGUCAAUCUUGGAGAACUGGAUCAAGUUAUGGGUCUCAAGCUGGUAGCAUCGAUGAUCCUGAUGUUGAUGAGGAGGAGGAUUUGUUGUCACAUUCGCAAAGAAUGGCAUUUAUUUUGGAAGGACCGCAAGAAAGAUUAUCUUUGUCUAUUAGUGACUUGGAAGUGACAGACAUAGGAGAAGAAGUUAACGAACCACAGCCAAAAGUUCCUAAGACGGAGAAUGGCAAAGAUGGGGGAAAUACCAAGCUUGAGGAAGGGUGAUAACUCCGUUCCUACGUUUAUGGUCACAUGCCUUUGGAUGUGUAAUGUGUAGAAUAGAAGACGUCAAUGACUGUAAAAUUAUCUAUAAUGUAGAUUUAUUUCGGGUAAUUCCUGCAAAGUGUUUGGGAGGAAUAUAAGCAGUAUAGAUGGACUGUUUUACAUCCAAAAUCAGUGUAAUUGUAUUUGUUUAGAUAUUAUUAAUAAUGAUCUCUGUAUUUUUUUCAAAUCGUUUAUUGAUCUCUUAACAAAUUAUCGUUUUAUAUAGACAAUUUGUUGCAUAUUACAAAGUUGUUCAUCCUACAUAUGUUUUAUUACCUUAAGCAUACCCAUUUGACAGUUGUCAGAAAUUAUUGGUCGAUGUGCAACGCUAAAAAUUUAAAUCCAUACCUUAUUUUAUUCAUAAUGUUAUAUUUCAUCUUUAUUCAUUACUGUUAAAUUAGAACCGAAAGAAAAAAACCUGCUUGCGGGCACUCUCACAUAAUAUAAAAACUGUUUUAAUUAACUGAUGUUAAGUAGACUCAUAAUUAUAAUUUCAUUGCUUUAAAACAUGUCGAUAAGUUUGCGGUAUACCCAUAUCAUAAUUAUUAUUUGUAUGUACUUCAUGAACGCCUCAAAGAUGAAUACUUUUGAAUAAAUGAAACAGAAGAUGC